AUGAACAAUUCUGUAAUAAAAGUAUGGUCCCAACAUCGCAUGCAAUCAACGGAUCCAUCUCCUAAACCAAUACCCACAGCAUCACCAGUAUCGAAUACAGGCAAACUUGUAGACACACAAAAUAAAGACGCGUGCGAAAUUAAAGAAAAAAAGACUAUGGUAAAAAAUAAUCAAAAUAAGGAAUUGAAGAAUUCAAAGAGCUUGAAAAAUGAAUCAACGUUACCUAUCGCACGAUUAUCCGAUUUAGGAGGAAUCGAUGCUUGUAUAGAAGAAGUUUUGGAAUUAAUUGCGAUGCCACUGGCCCAUCCAGAAAUAUAUUUACACACUGGCGUUCAACCACCAAGAGGAAUUUUAUUGCACGGACCUCCAGGAUGUGGGAAAACAUUGCUUGCAAACGCCAUUGCUGGGGAAUUAGGCGUACAGUUUAUUAGCAUUUCCGCGCCAUCUGUAGUAUCUGGAAUGUCUGGAGAGUCUGAAAAGAAAAUUAGAGAUGUUUUUAAAGAAGCUAAAAAAAAAGCACCGUGCCUUAUUUUUAUUGAUGAAAUCGAUGCUAUCACUCCAAAAAGAGAAACAGCUCAGCGGGAGAUGGAAAGACGAAUAGUAGCACAACUGCUAACAUGCAUGGAUGAUCUUUCGUGGGAUAAAACAGACAACAAACCUAUAUUAAUUAUCGGCGCGACAAAUAGGCCAGAUUCACUUGAUCCGGCACUUCGUCGUGCUGGGAGAUUUGACAGAGAAAUUAGUAUAGGAGUCCCAGAUGAGCAAUCACGAGAAAAGAUUUUGAGAGUAAUUGCGUCAAAAUUAAAACUUUCUGGGGACUUUGAUUAUAAGGCACUUGCAAAAUCAACGCCUGGAUAUGUAGGCGCUGAUUUAAACGCAUUGACGGCUGCAGCAGGUGUUAUAGCUGUCAAGAGAAUAUUCACAAAAUUAAAUGAAUAUAGUCAUAUUAUGGAUGAAGAUUUAUCGGAAAUGCACAUAGAUGGAAAGCUGCAAGAUUCUAUUGUAUCAGAUGAUUUGAGUACCCCUUUCGAAAACCAAUCUCCUUCAGAUCAAAUGCGUUCAAUAUCUAUCUUUCUUAAAAAUCAUCCAGACCCACUUACAGAGGAAGAACUUGAACCUCUUAGUAUCACUAAUGAUGACUUUUUUCAGGCUCUAUCAAAAGUUCAACCUUCAUCUAAACGGGAAGGGUUCGCUACAGUACCUGAUGUCUCUUGGUUUGAUAUUGGUGCAUUAAGAUUUGUAAGAGAUGAAUUGAGAAUGGCAAUUGUAGAACCGAUUAAACAUCCAGAAUUAUUCAAAAGAGUUGGGAUAACGGCACCCUCUGGAGUUUUGUUGUGGGGACCACCUGGUUGUGGAAAGACGCUCUUGGCCAAGGCAGUGGCUAACGAGAGUCAUAUAAACUUCAUUUCAGUUAAAGGGCCAGAGUUACUUAAUAAGUAUGUUGGUGAGAGUGAACGUGGUAUCCGACAAGUUUUUAAUCGCGCUAGGGCUUCAUCUCCAUGCGUCAUAUUUUUUGAUGAACUUGACGCGCUUUGUGCGCGACGUAACGAUUCACAGUCUGAGACAUCUGCGCGCAUCGUUAACACACUUUUGACUGAAUUAGAUGGAUUAGAGAAUCGAAAACAAGUUUAUAUUAUUGCAGCUACAAAUAGGCCAGCAAUGAUGCGUCCUGGACGUCUGGACAAGCUUUUAUACGUAGGGUUACCUACAGCAUCUGAACGAUAUGAAAUCUUAAAAACGUUAACAAAACAGACCCCUUUAGGUGAUGAUGUUUCAUUAGAAAAAAUUGCUGAAGAUGAAAGAUGCUCUAAUUUCAGUGGUGCAGAUCUGGCGUCCUUAGUUCGUGAAGCAGCGGUUGCAGCAUUACGAACUACUCUUUAUUCACAAAAUGAAAGCUCGGCAAAUAGUAUAAUAAAAUCUGAGAAUGAAAUUUAUGUAACUUCAAUACAUUUUGAAAUAUCAUUUGCUAAAGUAUCACCAAGCGUGUCUAAACUAGAUAAACUAAGAUAUGAUUCAUUAAAGAUCAAGUUUGGAUAUUCAUAA